AUGAGCGGGGUCGCGUUCCGGGACUCGAGCAUCGUCGUUAUCGACACUUCCAGAACGUCCGUACGCGCCAUACUCGGUCUCGGUGAACUGCUUCCUACACCUGCCGUCGAAAUCAAAGCACGCGUCGGGCUCCGGAGGUCGUUACAUGAUAGCAAUGGGCUCUCGAAUGGGCAUGCUCAGCCUGCGGCUUCUACGAGUCGCGCUGCGUCUGCCAUACCCAUGUCUUCCGUGAAAGUGAACGAUUACCUUGUGGGCGCGCAACUGGACAGUGCUCUGGCUGCAGGGGAGGAUAUUGUCGUGUCAUGGCCGUUUGCUGAGGGCGACAUAAGUGAUUGGACUCAGGCUGAGGCUAUAUGGAAACACACACUCUUUGGCCUCCUCCACCUCCGCCGCACCCAAAAUGAAUCUCCCGUUCUGACAGUCCCGCCCACCCUCUCGCGCUCGAGUCUCGCGAUGCUAUCCCAACUGUUCUUUGAACGAUUCAACGUCGCUGCGUUCACGCUUCUGUUUCGCCCAGUUGCCCAGAUUUACGCGGGCAACGCCAUCUCAGGCAUCGUGGUGGAUAUCGGGGAGGAGUACACAGACGCUAGUCAGGGAAUGCACGGAAAGCGUCAAGCUGGGUCUGCAAGACUGCAGAGAACACCUCAGCACGUGAAACAAGCCCUGCUUUCCCUCGUAAACCACCUUCCAGCCUCAGGUCUCGUCAAACCACCGGCGCCCGUAUCCUCGGUUACGGGCUUCUCCGCAUCCACCAUGCCAAUCGUCGAAGAACCGGAGGACGGCGUCACAGACAUCGCCGCUAUCGUGCUGGCUGGGAAAGCAAAGGCCGUCAUCGAGCACAACAUGAAGAAGAGGGCCAGCGCAAAGGCGACCGCCGCGGAGCAAGCGAAGAUGCGCGAAAUUGAGGCGAUGGACCUCGUCGAGAUCAAGGAUUGGGAGUGGGGCGUGGGUGGCGCGGAAGAGGGGAGCCCGGCGGCGAAGAAGCUCCGCGAGGUCGUCGUCGGCCGCGAGAGGCAUCGGUUGUGCGAGCCGCUGUUCGAUCCCAAGUUGUGUAAGAAAAAUCCCAAUGACGGUGUAUGGCCGAUACACGAGGUUAUUGGAGCGGUGGUGCAGAGAGCGGACGUUGAUCAGAGACAGUAUGUCUGGCAAGGGUUGUUCGUGACAGGCGAGCUGGCGAGGUAUAUCAAGGGCAUGGGUACCUCCCUCCAAUCUCGCUUGAUGUCAUACAUCCUAUCGCAGCCCGACCAGCACAACGACGUACAAGCGCGACAUAUCCGCGUACUCAAGAUACCGGAGUACUUUGCAGAGUACAGAGAGAAAGGUGACGGCUUAGCGUCGUUUCUGGGUGCAGGUAUUGUUGCGAAGAUCGCGUUCCAUGACCCGAAUGGCAAGAACUUUGUGUCGAAGGGUGAAUAUGCAGCUAAGGGACCCCCGGCGAUCAUCGAAAUGUCGGCUUCAUUGCUGUAGGAUAUGCUCCACUGGUAGUUGUGCAAUAUAUGUGGUUAGGUGUAAUGUUUUCUUGGCUAUGACAAUCAAGAGCUACUGUGCAUGGUGGACUCUACA